UAGAGGGAUUACAUGUCCAUACGUAAGUCAGAAGGGGCUGACCAAAAUUUCAAAUCGUUCAGCGGUUACGCAGUAUUAACCCAGAAGGAAACAUCAAAGAGCCUUUGGAAUUGGACCUUUUAAAUUGAAACCUGUCUUCGAAGAAGAAAUCAGCAAAUCAGAGACUAGUACUAGCGGCUUUCUCUAUUCACUGCAUUCUUAUCUUCAUCUUCGUUUCAUCUCAUCUCCAACCGAGUCUGGAGCUAGCUUUGUUAGUGUAAACAUCAAUUGAUGAGAUUGGGUUUCAAUUACAAGUAUGUCAGCGAAAGCAGCCGUUACAAAUGGGUCUGUCUAUGUUUGUAAUUUGCCUCAGGGGACUGAUGAAAAUAUGUUGGCUGAAUAUUUUGGCACUAUUGGGUUGCUGAAGAAAGACAAGCGAACUGGUCGAUCAAAGAUAUGGUUAUACCGAGAUAAAGCAACAAAUGAACCAAAGGGAGAUGCUACUAUUACAUAUGAGGAUCCACAUGCUGCAUUGGCUGCUGUUGAAUGGUUCAACAACAAGGAUUUUCAUGGCAAUAUAAUUGGAGUUUUUAUUGCUGAGUCUAAGGGCAAAGAUGAAAAUAAAAAUAAAUCAGUUGCAGAUCCAACUUUUGAUGAGGAUUAUGGUUUAGAGGAAAAUUCUAAGGAUGUGAACGGGAUUGCUGGUAGAGGUAGAAGUCUUAGUGAUGCCUCAGGGAAAGCAUGGCAACAAGAAGGAGACUGGAUGUGUCUGAAUACAAGUUGCUCCAACGUAAAUUUUGCAUUUCGUGGUGUGUGCAAUCGUUGUGGAACUGCUCGACCUGCUGGGAUAUCUGGUGGUGGCACAAGAAUCGGUGGUCGUGGAAGAGGUUGUGGUGGUGUUGAGUCUGGUAGCCAUGGCCGGCAAAUUGGUGUUUCAACAGGACUUUUUGGUCCUAGUGAUUGGCCUUGUCCUAUGUGUGGCAAUAUCAACUGGGCAAAGCGAACAAAAUGCAAUAUUUGUAACACCAAUAAACCUGGUCACAAUGAGGGUGGCGUGAGAGGAGGUCGUGGUGGUGGUUACAAAGAACUUGAUGAAGAAGAAUUAGAGGAAACCAAGCGACGUCGUCAGGAGGCUGAAGAAGAUGAUGGUGAGUUGUAUGAUGAGUUUGGCAAUCUCAAGAAAAAGUUCCGUGCUAAAACACAAGCUGAAGCUGGGCAGGUGCUUCCAGGUGCUGGACGUGCUGGAUGGGAUGUUGAGGAACUAGGUGUGAUUGAUAGACAUGGGAGAGAGAGAAGCAGAGAUAGGGGAAGGGAUUGGGAUGAUAGGCAAAGCAGCAAGAAUAGGUAUCGUGAUGAUAAAGAGAGGCGCCGAAGUCAGAGUAGAGAGAGGGAUCGAGGUAAAGAUAGAAACUGGGAUUAUAAUCAUGAUCGAGACAGAGAAUAUGGACGAGACAAAGACAGAAGCAGGUAUUGUCAUUGAGGUUUCAAGGAAUACCUAGGGAUUCUGUAGCCUCGUCUUUUUUAAUAGGAGUGGCAAAUUUUCAUUUCUUGGAAAGUUUUAGCAUAAGAACUUUACAUGGGAUGAUUUAGCAUCUUAAGCAAAUUGAUUCUGGGAUUAUGUUCACUUGUUCUUCAUGGUAUAUUUCUUACUACUGUGAUAUGCGCUGUAUUUUAAGAUUUUCUCGGAACCUUGUACUGCUUGGAUCAAUUGGGAAGGGCGGUUGCCAGGUCAGAACAUGGAUUGCAUUGCCACGUCUCUUUAAUAUUUUUAUCAUUCAAGAGUGGUUUUGAGUUGAUUUCA